CACGUUUCGUUAGCAGGAAGAAAAACUGUUGACCGUCCUCUAUGGGAUUUGUUAGUGUCUACGCCACACAUUUAGACUUUUUAAACAGUAUGGAGAGAGAAUAAUAACGUAUCCCACAGAAUAUGUUAACUCUGCGGAUAUAAAUCAACGAUAAUGUCAGUAAACCGUAGUGUUUAUUUGAUUUGUCGGCUUCAACGCCACAUAACCCGGAGCCGCAUCUGUCAUGUGUUUCCUGGGUCUAGCUUGUUACAUGAACAACACCAGUCUGUUUCUGUGGCGUGCAGCAGAAAUGUUUCCUCCAACAGCUCUUCUUCAAAGCCUCUGGACACAUCACUGUUUGUCCCCGUCUCACUGAAGACUGAGCCUUCGGCUGAGUUCAGUGUAGGAGCUGAGCUCACCCAGCCGCUCGAGAAAAGUGAACUACUGAAAGUCUUGAACCGGUUUUACAAAAGGAAAGAAAUGCAGAAGCUGGCAGGAGAGUAUGGACUGGACAGUCGUCUGUUCCACCAGGCCUUCAUCAGCUUCAGGAAGUAUGUCUUGGAAAUGGCAUCCCUCCCUGCAGACCUGCAUAUUAUUCUCAACGACAUCUGCUGCGGAGCAGGUCACGUAGAUGACAUCUACCCAUACUUCAUUCGCCAUGCCAAGCAAAUCUUUCCCAUGUUGGACUGUAUGGAUGAUCUGAGAAAGAUCUCAGACCUCAGAGUCCCAGCCAACUGGUAUCCCGAGGCCCGUGCCAUCCAGAGGAAGGUGAUUUUCCAUGCUGGGCCCACUAACAGUGGUAAAACCUACCACGCCAUCCAGCGCUACCUGGCUGCUAAGUCUGGAGUCUACUGUGGGCCCCUGAAACUGCUGGCCCACGAGAUCUUUGAGAAAAGCAACAGUGCUGGUGUAUCAUGUGACUUAGUUACGGGAGAGGAGAGGACCUUCAUAGACCUUGAGGGUCGAGCAUCUGGUCAUGUGGCCUGCACUAUUGAGAUGUGCAACGUCAAUACACCUUAUGAGGUGGCUGUGAUUGAUGAAAUUCAAAUGAUCAGAGAUCCUUCCAGAGGCUGGGCCUGGACUAGAGCUUUGCUGGGUGUCUGUGCAGAGGAGGUCCAUGUGUGCGGAGAAGCAGCAGCUGUAGAGUUUGUCAGAGAGCUCAUGUACACCACUGGAGAGGAGGUGGAGCUUCACACCUACCAGCGUUUAACUCCAUUCUCAGUCAUGGAUCAUGCUGUGGAGUCGUUAGACAACCUGAGACCAGGAGACUGUGUCGUGUGCUUCAGUAAAAGUGACAUUUAUUCCAUAAGUCGACAGAUUGAAGCGAGAGGCCAAGAAUGUGCUGUAAUUUAUGGCAGCUUACCUCCAGGCACCAAAUUGACCCAGGCCAAGAAGUUCAAUGACCCUGAUGAUCCCUGCAAGAUCUUGGUUGCAACUGAUGCUAUCGGCAUGGGCCUUAACCUGAGUAUAAAACGUAUCAUCUUCAACAGCCUGAUAAAGCCUAAUGUUAAUGAGAAAGGGGAGAAGCAGAUGGAGACCAUCAGCACAUCACAGGCUCUGCAGAUCGCUGGGCGCGCUGGAAGGUUCUCCUCCAAAUUUAAAGAGGGAGAAGUUACGACCAUGCACAGAGAGGACCUGCCCAUCCUGAAGGAAAUACUCAGCCAGCCCGUAGAUAGCGUAGAGGCUGCUGGUCUGCAUCCGACUGCAGAACAGAUAGAGAUGUUUGCUUAUCACCUGCCUGACGCUACACUGUCCAACCUUGUUGACAUAUUUGUCAGCCUCUCUCAGGUGGACGGUAUGUAUUUUGUCUGCAACAUUGACGACUUCAAGUUCCUGGCCGACAUGAUUCAACACAUACCACUUAACCUGAGGUCGCGCUACGUCUUCUGCACCGCUCCCAUCAACAAAAAGCAGCCUUUUGUGUGCACAUCCUUCCUGAAGUUUGCCCGUCAGUUCAGUCGAGACGAACCCCUGACGUUUGACUGGGUCUGUCGCCACAUCAGCUGGCCCCUGGCUGCACCCAAAAAUAUCAAAGACCUGGUUCACCUGGAAGCGGUCCAUGACGUGCUGGAUCUGUACCUCUGGUUGAGCUACCGUUUCAUGGACAUGUUUCCAGACACGGCCUCAAUUCGAGAAAUCCAGCGGGAGCUUGAUGACAUCAUCCAGCAGGGCGUCCAGAAUAUCACCCGUCUCAUCAGAGCCACUGGCCCAGCCCUCAGUGACCCUCUACGAGAACAGAACGGAAAAAACAGUGGUAAUAAUGGACCUGUGAGCGGCAGUCAUUCUCUCAAAAGCAAAAGUCAGAAGGGACAAACUGAGUCAAGUGAGGUGGCAGACUCCAACUCUCUGUCUAAACGUCUACUGAGAGACGGACUGCUGACCCCCGAGUUGCUCCAGCAGCUGCAGAAGGAGUGGUCUCAGACUCAAAAGGUGAAAGUCAACGAUCUUGGUACAGAACAGCUCAGUCGCAAAAAAGUAAACAAAAUGAAGAAGAAGAAAUGAAGAGGCUAACUGGUUCUGUUUUUGACAUUUUACGUGGUUAGUUUUGUUCCAGUGGACAUCAAGAACUGACACAAGUCUAGGAUAUAACCUGUUCUGGUUGAGAUCGGUCAUGAUUUGAAGCAGUUAUAAAGGAUGUACGGACACCCAGAGUAUCACAACAAGCUAUGAGCCCCAGCUUUAAAUAUUAAAACUCCACCGUGGUGUUUGAGUCUGGUCGUUUAGAAUGAGGUGUGUGGCAGAUUACUGGGUCAUGAAAUGAUUUUACAUAAUGCACUUGUUUUACCUGCACUUCAAGUGUCACCUUGGUACGUUUCCAUGCAUACACCUACAGAUCAGCUAACUAGUGCUGCAAAAUAUUUCUAGUGCAGGAUGCUGUGAACUAAAAGUGUCCUUCUGAAGGACCUGGUGUCAGGAAAGAUUCAGCCAUUGCAGCGGGAUGUAAUAAAAUAUGAAAUACAAAUGUAUCACCACAUGGAUUUAAACGAAAUAGGCCAGUUUUUAUGGGACGCUGGACGAGAAAUGAUGUGGAAACAAUAAUACUUUUCUUAGCAGUAUAUUUGUAAUCAGAAAGCACUUAAUUUGUAUGCGCCCAGUUUAUUGAAUGGACUACAUAUUAUAUGUAACUUCUCUGAGUGUUGCAUCGAUGAUCAGAAGAGUGUCCUAGUGUCAUACUAUAUUUUUUUUCUUGUUUGUACAUGUAAGAUGGAGGAUGUUAAUAAAAUAAGAAUGGCA